CUUCCUCCGUGUCGUCCACCUCCUCCAUCACUCGGCCGAACCAGUCUCUCGUGCAAUCGCUCCCUUUUGCCUGGGACAAGGGGUUUCGCCGCCCGGGUUUUCGUUAUGCUGUCUUGGUCCUGGUCAAUAGACUCUCGCCUGUCCUUCCCAUCUCCACUGUCGUCGCCGUCUGGCCUGCGCCUUCCUUCCUGCUGCCCUUGACCCUCGGGCGAAAAUCUGUUUCUUGCUGGAGCCCAUGGACGACCUCGGCUCGCCCUCUGGCACAAAUCAAGACGCCGACAACAGCCUUCUCGGCCUUGGCGCCGGUGGCCUUGGCUCCCGGAGUGUCAAGCGCCCGCGUCCGGUCAAGUCCUGUACAGAAUGCCGGAAGCGCAAGCUCAAGUGCGACAGGCUGCUGCCGUGUUCACAAUGUCAGAAAUCGCAGCGCACUUGUAAAUAUGCGCCGGAUGGAGAUCCAGCCAACCUGUCGGAAGGCUCGGACGGGGAGACAGCAGACCGCCCAGUCAAGCGGAAUUGGUCGCAGCCGCUGAAUCUUCGGCAACCUGAUGGGCAGGCCUCUGGGACGCCCCCGACUUUGCUCGAAGACCAUGCGAUCAGGCUCGAGCGCCUCGAGCGCAUCUUGCUCGCCAAGAGUCCGCCAGCAGCUGAUAUCGGCACCAGGUACGGCCGGCCAGCGGCAGCGCCUGUGACCAUUCGAGGCUUGACCGUCAAGGGUGGCAUCCGAACGCGCUUCUUUGGCCAGAUGAGCACCCGUGUGCUGCUGAAUCUGUUUGAAGAGGCCAAGGAAUUCAUGUUCAGCCGGAACAAGCCUGCAGACAUUAGAGACCUCUUCAUCAACAUACAGAAAAUACAUAAGGCACUCUCCGACGAACAUACACGAGUGACCACCCCGCUGCCCAUGUUCGUGGCAUCAGCAACGCCCCCGGAGCACCGCAUGAGGAACAUUCUUCCUAGCAGGCCGGUCUGCGAUCAACUGCUUCGGACAUACAUCACGGGGACGGAAACUAUCUAUCGCACGGUCCACAUUCCAUCUUUCAUGCGUCAGUACGAACAGUAUUGGAAUGGGGAGCAGGUGCCAGAAGUCUUCGUACCACAGCUCCUAUGCAUGCUCUGUAUAGGAUACCGAUUCUAUGGUGCUGGCAAGGGGCUGAUGUACGAUCGUGAAGGAAUCCAUAUUCCUACCGCGUCAGCGCUUGUUAGAAUGUGGCUCGACAACAUCCGGGGCAAGCAGCUUGACUUUCGCACUUUACAGACUGAAGUCUUGUCUCUGUGUGCUCGACGAAUGGUUGAUCCGCGGGAUCAGGAGUCAUGGAGGCAUAUUGGCCUGAUUGUGCGGAUGGCCAUGACUAUGGGCAUGCACCGGGAUCCGUCAGAAUUCGGGCAGAAGAUCACACCGUUUUGGGGCGAGCAAAGACGCAAGCUUUGGUACACCAUUCUCGAGUUCGACAUUCAGUUUUCGAUGCAGUGCAAUCUGCCCACGUGUGUCCGCCUAGGGGACUACACGUGUCUUCCACCGAGGAAUAUCAACGAUGACGAGUUACACCCCGAUAUCGAGGAAUUGCCCGAGACGAGGCCCAUAGAACAGCAUACUGAUUCCCGCAUCCAGGCCUUCGCUGCUGGCACUAUGGCUCUGCGAUUCAAAGUCGUAGACUUGAUCAACAGGUCUGAUAGCUUGCCUGAUUUCGAAUCGGUCCUCGAUGUAGGCACAGAGCUGGAGAAGACCUUCGAGGAUAUUCGCUACGCACUGCCUCGAUCCCAAGAGACCGACCCUAGGGAGGCGAGGAGGCAAUGGAUGACACGGGUUAUUCUUGAUAUGCAUGUUCGGCGGGCCAUUCUUGCUCUUUAUCGACCUUUCGCGUUGGGUGGCCCUGACGCGCCACAACAGAUCAUGACAGGUUAUCUCCGGUCUUCCAUGAUUUUACUGUCUUAUCUCGACGACAUGGACAGGACAGCUCCAGAUUAUGCGCAUGUGUGGCAUCUACAACAUCUUGUCCUGAAGCAGGAUAUCUUGCAAGCUCUUUUUAGCGUUUGCUAUUACAUCAAGCAUACAACCCAAGAUGCAAAAUCUCCAAUGUCCUCCAACUGGGGCUCUUCCACCAGGGGAUCCGAGCACACCGUCGAGGAGGCAUGCCAUGCGGCGUCAGAGUCUUCACUACUUCUGUCAGCACCGCGGUUGAGGCGCAAAGUUGAGGAAGUUCUCAAUGACCUCAUGGUCCGAAUACGAGAAAUAGGGACGGAUGUGAAAGACCUCGUCGCCUUGACUGUCGUUCUUGGGACGUGCUGUGGCGGAUCGUUUGAUCAAAAGAGGGAACGCAUCAAGAUUGGCAUGCAGAACGUUCUCGAAGCUGGUCUGCAGUCUAUUCACGCAAAUCAAGAAGCCAUUGCGGCGAUGCCGCUUUCAUCACCAUCGUCUCAGCAUGCGAAUCCGGAAAUGCAAUCAACCAAUAACUUAUAUUCUUCCUCAUACAUGUCGGCAGAAAUGGUCACCGAGGACGCCAUGACCUGGGAUACAGAAUUUUGGAUGAUGGGGUGAGCGAGGUAGAUACCCAAUAAUAUUCAGAGUAAUGGACUGUGAGGGGCGCAAUCGCCCUGACGCCGGGGUUCUGGGCCAGGGCAAUUCAGUGUGUAUGCAGGACUCCGGGCCUGGCAUUCUUUGUCGUCGAUAUAUACAUGAUGACAAGUUCGCUUGGGAUUCGCAAGUUGAACAAUAUUAACUGGCGCGAGAAGUCAUGUCAACGAUGUUUACAAGCAAAGAUAAUGGCCAACUGGGCCACAUGGAGAAGGCCUGAAGCAGAGCAGCUUGACAAAAACGACCCAACGUCGUUGCCACUCCGUUGCUGAUUAUGCGGCAGCUUUGGACAGUAGCUUCUUAAUCUUGAUAAUUUCCUCUCGUAUUGCGAGAAUCAAUGUCGCCUGGAGGAUUUCA